UAUAAUUAAUGAUGUCGCAUGCCCACAAGCAAUUCCUCUUUGCAGUGCUUGUUGGUUUUGCUCUUGCGGCCUUAGUCCAUUCCCAGAACCAAUCAGGCUUCAUUAGCAUAGAUUGCGGUCUCCCGAAUAAUUCCGGCUACACUGAAACGACAACAGGCAUUAAUUACAUUUCAGACUCGACCUUCAUAGACACCGGUGAAAGCAAGUACUUAUCGGCCAAUCAUGAUUUGAACUAUUAUCAGCCAUACUGGUACGUAAGGAGCUUUCCUCAAGGAGUGAGGAACUGCUACAAAAUAAACGUCACAUAUGGCACCAAGUAUUUGAUCCGAGCUGGUUUUCAGUAUGGGAAUUAUGACGGCGAAAAUAAACCACCCGGAUUCGAACUGCAUCUCGGAGCUAAUUUGUGGGAUAAACUGAAUUUCUCGACGGAGUUUAAUCAGACAACCAGAGAGCUCAUACAUGUCACUCUGCAAGACUACAUACAUAUUUGUUUGGUGAACACAAACAAAGGGGUUCCAUUUAUAUCAUCGAUCGAACUAAGGCCUUUACUCAAUACAUCUUAUAAACAAGGACCGGGGUUUUUGGCACUUGUCUCGCGGUAUGACACUGGUUUGUCUACAACUAAUGAUACAGGAUCCAGCAGGUAUCCAACCGAUAUUCAUGAUCGCAUCUGGGAGCCCUAUUACGUUUCUGAUGAGACAGAGUUCCAAUUAAGAACCUCAGCCAUCAUGAAUGAAUCUUAUCAAAAUGUCUUCGAAAUACCAUAUGCUGUGAUGAGCACUGCUGUGGCGCCAAAAAAUGCAAGUCAUGCCUUGGAAUUUUACUGGGAUUCUCCUGAUAACAAUUCGGAAUAUUAUAUCUACUUUCACUUUGCAGAAAUUGAAAAGCUUCGGCCUCCCCAGCAUAGAAAUCUCUCUAUGAUUUGGAGCGGUGGAUGGUUUCCAAGCCUAUUUGUUCUCCCUGAUUACUUGAAAGCGGUAACACGUUUCAACACCCGGCCCUUUAGUGGGUCCACAAAACAUUCUUUUUCAAUCCUCAAGACUGGCAACUCUACCCUUCCACCCAUCCUCAAUGCCUACGAGAUUUACGAGGCUAAAAGGGAAGGACUAAAUUGUAGCUAUCCUGAAUCCAGGCCCCCAAGAAUCAUAUCUUUGAAUUUGUCCUCCAGUGACUUAAGAGGCCAGAUAUCUCCUUUUAUAGCCAAUCUCACAAUGAUACAAGCUUUGGAUUUAUCAAACAAUGACUUGACAGGACCAAUUCCAGACUUUUUGUCCCAAAUGCCAGAUUUAUAUGUCCUAAACUUGGGAAAGAACAAGCUGGCGGGCCCAGUUCCAGCAGGGCUUAUUGACAGAAAUAAAUAUGAUGGGCUAUCAUUGAGUCUGUGUGAAAAUCCAAAUAUAUCCAAAUUAGGACACAUUUCUUGCAAAUCAAGGAAGAAGCAAAAUGUCGUUAUUCCUCAGCUAUCUGGUGGAGAUGUAAAAGUGAAAAGAAAGACGAGGAGAUUAACAAUUUUCAUCCAAACAGAGCCAUUCAAGAUACAGGGUCGAAAAUUUACAAAAUCAGAGAUCGACAAGAUCACCAGCAAUUCUACACUAAUUGGAAGAGGCGGAUUUGGAGAAGUCUACCAUGGCACUCUGGAAAAGGAUACUCAAGUUGCCGUGAAAAUACUCAAUUUAUCAUCAAGACAAGGGUCAGAAGAAUUUCAAAAUGAGGUUAAACUAUUGAUGAGAGUUCAUCAUAGAAACUUGGUUUCUUUCAUUGGCUACUGUGACGAAGGUGACACUAUGGCACUUGUUUACGAAUAUGUUGGGAAUGGAAAUUUGCAACAGAAAAUAUCAGCUGCAGGCUUGACUUGGAAGCAGAGACUUCAGAUUGCAGUAGAUACAGCACGAGGAUUGGAAUAUCUACAUGAUGGUUGCAAACCGCCGAUACUACACAGAGAUUUGAAGCCUUCCAACAUCCUGUUAAAUGAGACACUGCAAGCCAAGAUAGCUGAUUUUGGAAUUUCUAAAGCUCUUGCAACUGAAACUGCUACUCAUGCAUUAACAGACCUCAGAGGAACAUAUGGGUACCUGGAUCCUCAAUAUUGCACAACUGGACAGCUCACUAGAAAGAGUGAUGUAUACAGCUUUGGGAUUGUCUUGCUGGAGCUUAUAACUGGCAGACCAGCAAUAAUAACAGAUGUAGAACCUGUCCAUGUUAAUGUCUCCGAUUGGGUGAGGGCUAAGUUUGAGAGAAUGGAAAUUGAAAGCAUAGUAGAUUCAAGAGUACAAGGGACAUACAAGUAUUCUUCUGCACAGACAGCUAUAGAAACUGCUCUGGCUUGUGUGUCAAAAACACCAACUGAAAGACCAGAAAUAAGUUAUGUGUAUGACAGAUUGAAGGAAUGCUUGGAAAUUGAGAAGUUUAAGUAG